AUGCUGUCGCAAACGGAACGCGAAAGUGCCCAGGUGGGCGCCUUUUCUUGGAAAAAGACAUCGACAACGAAGCUUGGUGAGGAUACUAAUCUCGACGAUCUUCAGGGUCCGCUUCGACUCGGUCUCGAUCAAAAACACGAUGAAGAAAAUGAAAAUCUGCUUUCUUCUUUUUUUGCCCGAUAUCGGAGCGAGCGGGACCUUGGUCGAUGGCGUUACGUUGCUAAUGAUGCAUCGAUCUUCGUUGAGUUGGACGAGAGCUACGUUGCUCGUGUGAGCAACCGGUUCUUGCACCUGUACAACUUGCGGCCAGGAAGAAGUCGAAGCCAAGGUGCGAACGAUCGGUACAUCGAGAUACUCCUCGAUGUUUUUGGCAGACCAUCACGACCAAGACCAAAGAGAGAUGCAUCCUCUCUGUCGACGAGGACAAGCCACGAUAUUUUCAAGAAAGAUCCAAGACCGCGGUACGUGGAAUUUGGUUUUGAGUCUUUGGAUCUAGACAAAACGAAGCAAGCCAACACGCUAAGAUUGCGAGCCAAAGGGUUUCCUGGGUUACUGCUCGAUGCCCGCAACGAGAACCCGGAAAUCGGACUCUACCAGCACUACCUUGACGCGACGAAUAUCGCUUCCAUUCUACAGCAGCGCGGUGUGGAGAACUACAUGAAAGAUGUGAAAGAUGAGCCUCAAGAACUUCACGACGAAGGGGACAGAAGGGAGCGCGACAUUUUUGAUUUCCUUUCCAUCGAUGUCGACAGCUACGAUAUCUUUCUUUUCGAGGCGAUUCUGGAAGCAGGGUAUCGACCGAAAAUUGUGUCAACUGAGUACAAUCCGAACUACUGGCUUUCGCAAAGCAUAGCACAUGUGGAUCCAGGCUUGGUUCGAAAGAAGAGGCAGCAGUCUACUACGGCCGCUUCUGUAAUGAAUACCGUUAAAAAAGACCUUGAUGAGACGAGGAAGGCGGUGGCGGACCUUGAUGCUGCUAGUACGGUCUCGUCGUUAUUGUCUACCGGCGUUACUGGAGGUGGCGCUGGACGAGGGCAGGAUGAAGAUUCUUCGCAAGACACUGACGGAGUAUCUGUUCAUGUCGCCGAGGUGCGGCGUCCAGGUCUUCGUCGACCGAAUGAGACAAUGUCAGCGCCAGACCCGACCGAAGACGACGAUGACGAUGCUGCUGAUAACGAACAAGUACUGGAGUACAAACGGAAAAGCAAGUUAUGUAGUUGUUGUCCCAGUUUUGGUUUUGACCUCAUGAGUUUUGCAUGACAGCUACAAAAUCAUAAUUCCUUGUUAGCAUUGAAGGUGUGGAAGGUAUCACAAGCACAAGAGUCACAAGUGUGACUGAUCCAGCAUCGCUUCAUCUAAGAGAGAAAAAGAAAAUCGUCGUGGUGCCGCGCCGACGACCAGUACAUCUGGCUGCGGCAGAGCGGCUGAGGCAGAUUCAGGAGACAGACGAAGCACCGUCAGGAGAACAGGUCAAUCUCGAUGCCCCAGAGCUUUCUCAAGGAGACUGUAGCCUGGGAAGUUCGGCCGCGGCCCUGAAGCAAGUUGCGGACAAAUUUGGAUAUGUUUUGGUAGGAAUCAUCCGACAUCUAGACCUAAUUUGGAUGCGAAAGGACUUGAUCGAUGCAGCAGUGGAAAGAAAUUGUGGUUCAUACGCGUGGAGCGAAGGUGGUGGGGACAAUGAAGAUGAAGGGAAGCGAGACACCUUCACUGUGAAAAAACUUUACGCAAAAUUACGUCGACAGAUUUGCCUCGGAUAUUUCCAGGUUCCACCUUUUGAGUACUUCUUCUCGGACGUCUACAAAACGCAGCAGGAAUACGAACUGCUCCACGCGUGGCCGGCUUACGAGCUUGCAAAGCGGCCUUUGCGCAAGGAACUCGUACAUUAUAAUUCGUUUGUCAGGACAGGCAAUGUGACGAAAUCACAGAAUGCUGCACGUGCAACACUAAGACGUGGGAAACAAUUACUAUGUUUCAAGAAUGUCUACGAAACACUCUAUUGAUUUUGGUGAAGCGCAUGGUGAUAGUCGUACUUUCUCUUUUCUUUUAUGCGAUCCAAUCAGCUGCUGAAUUUAUCACGCAACGUCUUUUCCACGUACAUCAAUCGAUACAACCAGUCUUUCCUCAUUCUCGAAAGAGCACGAUAUGCUGCGACAAGUACAACAAGGAGGGCCUUCCUCAUAAUUCGGAG